AUGAGAUCGUAUUCGAGUCCAUUUCAGUUUGAGAAGGCUCGUUGGCGGUCGCAACGCAAGACAAUGGAGCGCUUGAACGAGAUUGAACCAUCACCGGCAUCGUGCACAUACAUUCUUCCUCGUGCCCAGAGCAACGAGAUCUUCUCCGCAAUCGUCAUCAGAUCGGCGCUAAUGGGGGGCACACCCGUCGUCUUCUGCCGCGACGAGCAACAAGUCGCCAAGAAUUGUCGAAACACCCUCGACACAGGUGCGCGUUGCUUCAUUGGCGGCAUGGGAUGCUUCACUUUUCGGGAUCUCCUGAAGUUAGUUGAUACAACACUGCCUACGGAACUUCGUACUUUGUAUCGACAAGAUGUGCUUCGCCGCGAUCGACAAGACGACAAUGCGACACAUCGAGCCUUUGGUUUUGAGACACUUGACACUGUCAUACGGCUCGCGCGUGUUGGCAAGAUAGAUCAAGAAGGGGUCAUCAUACUCUUCCUUUUUGGCGAGAUGCACGACGCAAUUCAAAUCGCGAGCUACCACAUGCUGAACGGGUUCUUAUGCUCUUGCCCGUUCGAUAUGCCCUGGAGGGAUGGACGAAAUUCGCGGAGUCCCAACCGCGCAGUUCUCCCAACAACUUCCUCAGUCCUCAGACUCUGGAUGGCAUCUAUCGAGUGGUCGAUGGCUACAUUGCACUUGUUCGGAAUUAUCGGAACUAUUGGCCGCAAAAGGCGUUCAUUCCCUGGAGACACGGGACCGAGAUGGUCGUACACUUCUUUGGAACAUUGCGCAAGAUUGUGAACGAGUUUGAUGCUCUUGACUUCCUCCAAGUACGUCUUCCUCCUUGACAAAUUCCUUGCAAGACUGAACCUAUCUAGGGUUUUCCUUUCCUCAGUCAUAUGCCAAAGUCGAGGUACUACAGCGUGCGAUGCAUCAACUUGGCACAGAUGCGGCUGGCUCCGCGCAAGGUUACCAUCACACAUACCAAAACCUGCACAACCUCAAUUUGACUGCGCUCGGUACCUAUCAGGGCGAUGGCGACAUCGAGGCCAUCGCCCAUGAAGCUGCGCAUGCGGCAAGCGACAUUCUCAAAGGACUUCGCAUGUGGGACAUCAUCGAGGAAUGGGACAUCGAGAAACGCAAGCAAGCUCCUCUCCCUGACAUCCUGGUCGAUGGUUAA